AUGAAAUGGAAAAAGAAUGCACGGAAAUUACAGCAAAAAUUUGUACCUUCCGGUCAACAAUCGUCUGUCACACAAAAACGUGACGAAUUGAUUGUAUGCUUCCAUUUGACAAUUAUUUCUAUGGCAGCAAUUUUAAGCUUCAGUGGUAAUAUUCAUGGUAAUUUCGUAUUUGAUGAUCGGGAAGCUAUCAUUAACAAUAGGGCUAUUCGUGAAAUUGGAAAAAUACUGGCAAGUGAUUUUUGGGGUUAUCCGAUACGAUCAUCAAAUAGUCACAAAUCGUAUCGCCCUGUUACUACCAUUACUUUCGCGUAA